CCGAGGGGAUCGGGUACGGGUAUUCCUUCGGUAUAUACUAUGAAGCCCACGCUGUUGUCAAAUAUCAACGACGAAGAAAAGAAGAAAAAUUCAUACACAAAACGCAUAGCACAACCAUAACUCACAACUUAGCCUCUUUUCUUCUUAUUAUUCUUCUCGUUUUCGAUUUCUUCACUUGAGCUCAUUCUUCUUCUUCUUCUUAAUAUUUUGACCGAAAGUAAUGACGAAGAGAAAGGAGAAGAACAAAGGAAAUCCACUUCAGCGUCAGAAUCCCAAGGUUGAGGAAGUUACCAGGAUCCGCAUUUCACAGAUUCUCGAACAGUUUCGAGCUUCCAAAGAUGAAGUGUACAAAUUUGAAGCUGGUUUGUCGAAUGAAGACCGUGCUUUGGUGCAUCAAUUAGCCCAGAAAAUGGGGUUUAAGUCUAAAAGUUCUGGGUAUGGGAAAGAAAGGAGGGUGGCUGUUCAUAAAAUAAAAAAGAAAGUUGAAACCAAUAAUGGGUUUGGGAAUCUUCCUUGUUUUGCAUUUUCUCAGGAGGCAAGCCAGGUACUAGGUAAUUUAUUUGCCCAUUAUCCGCCUGGUGAUGGAAGCCUGUGGGAGAUGAUUGGAGAGGAUAGUGGCUCUACUGAGAAAUUCAAACCGAAGAAAGAUGACAUUUUUGCUAGACCUUCUAUGUCGAAAGCUGAUAUUGCUAAGAAAAUGGAAGCCCUUAACUCUAGAAUCAUGACAACCUCAAACCUGAAACAGAUCACUGAAGAUAGAUCUAAGCUGCCGAUUGCAUCCUUCAAGGAUACCAUUGUGACAACUAUUGAAUCUCACCAGGUAGUUCUGAUAUCUGGUGAGACAGGUUGUGGAAAGACUACUCAGGUUCCUCAAUUUAUUUUGGAUCAUAUGUGGAGUAAGGGUGAGGUAUGCAAAAUAGUUUGCACCCAGCCUCGACGUAUCUCUGCAACUUCAGUGUCUGACAGAAUAGCCAGUGAGAGAGGAGAGGGUAUUGGAGAAAGUGUAGGAUAUAAGAUACGACUGGAAGGCAAAGGUGGAAGAAACUCAUCAAUUGUGCUAUGUACUACUGGAGUUCUCUUAAGGGUGUUGGUAUCUAAAAGUUCUUGUUCAUCAAAGACGGGGCCCAUAAAGGAUGACAUUUCUGGCAUUACUCACAUAAUUAUGGAUGAAAUUCACGAAAGGGACCGAUACUCAGACUUCAUGUUGGCAAUCAUCAGAGACAUGCUCCCUUCAUAUCCUCGUUUACGUCUGGUACUUAUGAGUGCUACAAUUGAUGCUGCGAGAUUUUCUCAGUAUUUUGGUGGAUGCCCAAUCAUCAAUGUUCCGGGAUUCACUUAUCCGGUCAAAACUUUCUAUCUGGAGGAUGUACUUUCUAUUAUAAAAUCCAAUGAUGGUGGUAAUCAUCUUGAAGAUAAUACCACAUCUGAAACUCCAAUAAACAACUGUGAGCUAAGUGAAGAAGAGAAGCUCUCUAUUGAUGAAGCUAUUAAUUUGGCUUGCUUUAAUGAUGAGUGGGAGAUGCUGUCAGAGAUGGUUUCUUCCGAAGGAAGCCUGAAACUGUUCAAUUACCAGCAUUCGUUAACUGGCCUUACUCCAUUAAUGGUGUUUGCCGGAAAAGGUAGGGUGGGUGAUAUGUGCAUGCUCUUAUCAUUAGGGGCAGAUUGCCAUUUGAGGUCCCAUGAUGGAAACAUUGCUCUAGAGAUUGCCGAAAGGGAAAACCAGCAAGAAGCAGCCGAAAUACUCAAAAAGCAUAUGGAUAAUAAUUUUUCGAACUCCAUUGAAGAGAAGCAGUUACUUGAUAAAUAUCUUGCUACGGUCAACCCCGAACUUAUUGAUGAAGUUCUAAUAGAGCAGCUGAUAAGAAAAAUAUGCGUAGAUUCAGAAGAUGGAGGUAUCCUUGUCUUUCUCCCAGGAUGGGAUGAUAUAAACAGAACACGUGAACGAUUGCUUGCGUCCUCUUUUUUCAAGAAUCAAUCUAAGUUUAUGGUCAUAGCUCUGCAUUCGAUGGUUCCAAGCAUGGAGCAGAGGAAGGUAUUUAAGCGCCCACCUCAUGGUUGCCGCAAAAUAGUUCUUUCAACCAAUAUUGCUGAAACAGCCAUCACCAUUGAUGAUAUAGUGUAUGUCAUAGAUACAGGACGAAUGAAAGAAAAAAGUUAUGAUCCUUAUAAUAAUGUCUCAACUCUUCAAUCAUCUUGGGUUUCAAAAGCAAGUGCUAAGCAGCGAGAGGGUCGUGCUGGCCGCUGUCAACCUGGUAUUUGCUAUCAUCUGUAUUCAAAGAUUCGAGCAGCUUCUUUGCCAGAUUUUCAGAUUCCAGAAAUUAGGAGAAUAUCUAUCGAGGAGCUUUGUCUGCAGGUGAAGUUGCUUGACCCAACUUGCAAAAUAGAAGAGUAUCUUAGCAAGACAUUAGAUCCUCCGGUUUUAGAGUCCAUACGUCAUGCAAUUUUAGUUCUACAAGAUAUUGGGGCAUUGUCUACUGACGAAAAACUCACACAGCUCGGGGAGAAACUUGGUUCUCUCCCUGUUCACCCAUUAACUAGCCGGAUGCUUUUUUUUGCUAUAUUGAUGGACUGUCUCAAUCCGGCUUUAACGGUAGCAUGUGCAUCUGAUUAUAGAAAUCCAUUUACACUUCCAAUGUUGCCUGAAGAAAGGAAGAGAGCUUCCGCUGCCAAGGCUGAGCUUGCUUCUCUAUAUGGGGGCUCUGGUGAUCAAUUCGCUGUUGUAGCUGCAUUUGAAUGCUGGAGUAAUGCAAAGAAUAUGGGUCUAGAAUCCCGCUUUUGUUCUCAGUAUUUUGUUUCUUCGUCUGCUAUGCAUAUGUUAUCUGGCAUGCGGAAGCAACUUCAGAAAGAACUCGUUCGAAGUGGCUUUGUUCCUGAAGAUUCUACGAGUUACAGCAUGAAUGCGCAUGACCCUGGUGUACUCCAUGCAGUUCUAGUCGCAGGUUUGUAUCCAAUGGUUGGGAGAUUUUCGCCAAACAAAAAAGGGAAAAGGGCCAUAAUUGAAACUGCUGGUGGGGAUAAAGUUCGCUUGCACAAUCAUUCCAUAAAUUUUAAGUUGUCAUUAAAGAAAAACGCAGAGCACACGUUAAUUGUGUAUGAUGAGAUUACUCGCGGCGACAUGGGAAUGAGCAUACGGAACUGUACAGUUGUUGGACCACUUCCACUCUUGUUGCUUUCAACAGAGAUUGCUGUUGCCCCAGCACAGGAUAAUGAUAACGGUGAUGGGGGUGAUGGAAGUGAUUAUGACAACGAUGACGAUAAUGAUGAAGAGAGCGAAGAUGAAGAUGAAGUCAAACUCGAAGACGCAAUGGAAGUUGAUAACAAAUCCAGUGGUGACAGAGAAGAUAAGAUUAUGUCUUCUCCUGAAAAUAUGGUUAAAGUAAUCAUGGACCGGUGGCUUUAUUUUGGUUCAACAGCAAUGGAUGUUGCUCAGCUUUACUGUCUGAGAGAGCGAUUAUCAGCAGCAAUUCUAUACAAAGUGACACAUCCAAGAAAUUCUCUUCCUCCAAUGCUAGGGGCAUCUAUGCAGGCUAUAGCUUGUAUCCUGUCAUGCGACGGUUGUUCAGGUUUGCCGGUGACAUCGGAUGGCGUGGACACACUGGCUACUAUGGUCAAUACAACAUAUUUGGGCAAGCCAGCUCCGGGAACAAGGCGACUGGGGAAGAAGCAAAAAGGGCAGUCUACAGAACAUAUAAAUUCCGAGGGGAGUCAAAUCCCUGGGCCUUCUAAAGGCAGCAUAUCUGCAUCUUAGGAGCUCCCCGUCACAUGAUAGAUUUCCAAUUUUAGUGUGCUGUUUUACAAUAUCAUCGUUCAUAUGGAAUGCUUGGUAGAAAAUGUUCAACACAGAGUUGUGUUUAGGUUAUAUAGAGACCAAAUGCCAACAAAAAGUUUAAAUUUCGGUUAGCAGACCCACGAGUUUUAUGUUCAUUCAGCGGAUAUAUUAAUGCUGCACAAUUCGGGGAAUGGAUUUUCAGUUGAAUUAGGAACAUUUUUUAUGGAAUGCAGAGUCUUUGUACGUAGAA